AUGAGGCCGCGGCCCGACGGUAGGGGGCUCCGGGCGGGAGCCGCACUGUCGCCCGCGCUGCUGCUGCUGCUGCUGCUGCUGCUGCUGCUGCCGCCGCCGCCGCCGCUGCUGCUGGGGCACCCGUGGGCAGCGGGCGCGCCCGCGCCGUCAGCGACCGGGGCUCGGCAGGACGGCGCGCCGGGCGCGGCCCGCGUGAAGCGCGGCUGGGUGUGGAACCAGUUCUUCGUGGUGGAGGAGUACACGGGCACGGAGCCCCUGUACGUGGGCAAGAUCCACUCGGACUCAGAUGAGGGUGACGGGGCCAUCAAGUACACCAUCUCGGGUGAGGGUGCAGGGACCAUCUUCCUGAUCGACGAGCUGACAGGCGACAUCCAUGCCAUGGAGCGCCUAGACCGUGAGCAGAAAACCUUCUACACGUUGCGGGCCCAGGCUCGGGAUCGUGCCACCAACCGCCUGCUGGAGCCCGAGUCGGAGUUCAUCAUCAAGGUGCAGGACAUCAACGACAGUGAGCCCCGCUUCUUGCACGGCCCCUACAUUGGCAGUGUGGCUGAGCUCUCGCCCACAGGCACGUCGGUGAUGCAGGUGAUGGCUUCGGAUGCUGAUGACCCCACAUAUGGCAGCAGCGCUCGGCUGGUGUACAGCGUGCUGGAUGGCGAGCACCACUUCACGGUGGACCCCAAGACCGGUGUGAUCCGGACAGCUGUGCCUGACCUCGACCGCGAGAGCCAGGAGCGCUAUGAGGUGGUGAUCCAGGCCAUGGAUAUGGCGGGUCAGCUGGGCGGCCUCUCGGGCUCCACUACUGUCACCAUCGUGGUCACCGAUGUCAAUGACAACCCACCCCGUUUCCCACAGAAGAUGUACCAGUUCAGUAUCCGGGAGUCGGCCCCCAUCGGCACAGCUGUGGGACGUGUGAAAGCCGAAGACUCCGAUGUGGGUGAGAACACGGACAUGACUUACCACCUUAAGGAGGAGAGUGGCAGUGGCGGUGAUGCGUUCAAGGUCACCACGGACAGCGACACUCAGGAGGCCAUCAUCGUAGUGCAGAAGCGCCUGGACUUCGAGUCCCAGCCCGUGCACACCGUGGUCCUGGAGGCCCUCAACAAGUUCGUGGACCCCCGCUUCGCAGACCUGGGCACGUUCCGCGACCAGGCGAUCGUGCGCGUGGCCGUGACCGACGUGGAUGAGCCCCCCGAGUUCCGGCCGCCCUCCGGCCUCCUGGAGGUGCAGGAGGACGCGCAGGUGGGCUCCCUGGUCGGCGUGGUGACGGCGCGGGACCCCGACGCCGCCAACCGGCCCGUCCGGUACGCCAUUGACCGCGAAUCGGAUUUGGACCAGAUCUUCGAUAUUGAUGCGGACACAGGCGCCAUCGUGACCGGCAAGGGGCUGGACCGUGAGACGGCCGGCUGGCACAACAUCACGGUGCUGGCCAUGGAGGCAGACAAUCAUGCCCAGCUAUCCCGGGCAUCCCUAAGGAUCCGAAUCCUGGAUGUGAACGACAAUCCCCCAGAACUGGCCACGCCCUACGAGGCAGCUAUCUGUGAGGAUGCCAAACCAGGCCAGCUCAUCCAGACCAUCAGUGUGGUAGACAGAGACGAGCCCCAAGGCGGGCACCGCUUCUAUUUCCGCCUGGUGCCUGAAGCCCCCAGCAACCCUCAUUUCUCUCUGCUCGACAUCCAAGACAACACAGCUGCAGUGCACACGCAACACAUGGGCUUCAACCGGCAGGAGCAGGACGUGUUCUUCCUGCCCAUCCUGGUAGUGGACAGCGGGCCACCCACGCUGAGCAGCACGGGCACACUCACGAUCCGCAUCUGCGGCUGCGACAGCUCCGGCGCCAUCCAGUCCUGCAACACCACCGCCUUUGUCAUGGCCGCCUCCCUCAGCCCCGGUGCCCUCAUAGCCCUCUUGGUCUGUGUCCUCAUCCUGGUCGUGCUGGUGCUGCUGAUCCUCACCCUCAGGCGCCACCAUAAGAGCCACCUGAGCCCGGACGAGGAUGAGGACAUGAGGGACAACGUCAUCAAAUACAAUGACGAGGGCGGCGGCGAGCAGGACACCGAAGCCUACGACAUGACGGCGCUGCGGAGUCUCUACGACUUCGGCGAGCUCAAGGGCGGCGACGGGGGUGGCGGCGAGGGCGGGGGCGGGGGCGCGGGCAGCCCCCCGCAGGCCCGCCUGCCCUCGGAGCGCCACUCGCUCCCGCAGGGGCCGCCGAGCCCCGAGCCGGACUUCUCGGUGUUCAGGGACUUCAUCAGCCGCAAGGUGGCGCUGGCGGACGGGGACCUGUCGGUGCCGCCCUACGACGCCUUCCAGACUUACGCCUUCGAAGGCGCGGACUCGCCGGCCGGGUCGCUCAGCUCGCUGCACAGCGGCUCGUCGGGCUCCGAGCAGGACUUCUCAUAUCUCAGCGGCUGGGGCCCGCGCUUCCGGCCCCUGGCCGCGCUCUACGCCGGCCACCGCGCCGACGACGAGGCCCAGGCCUCCUAG